GAGCGAUGCAGAAAAAGAUAAAGAGAUGAAAAACCAACUGAACAUCGAGGAAAAGGGCGAGACAGAGAAUAAAAAGAAUGAAAAAGAGAAGAGUUGCAAGGCCGUAUGCAGGAAAGGAUUGCCACUGAGUGAAAGACUGGUCAUUAACGUCUCAGGGAUGCGCUAUGAAACCCAACUUCGCACCUUAUCCCAGUUCCCUGAUUCCAUGCUUGGUGACCCACGAAGAAGGUUACGCUACUUUGACCCAUUGCGAAACGAAGUCUUCCUGGACCGAAAUCGGGCCUGCUUUGAUGCGAUCCUCUACUUUUACCAGUCAGGCGGGAGGCUUCGGAGGCCCACCAACAUCCCCUUGGACAUCUUCAUGGAUGAGCUGUUGUUCUACGAGCUAGGGGAGGACAUCAUGAGCCGCUUCAAAGAGGAUGAAGGUUUCACUAAAGAGAUCGAGAAGCCGUUGCCCUCGAACGAAACGCAGAAGAAACUGUGGAUGUUGUUUGAACACCCUGAGUCCUCAUCGGCCGCUCGGAUCAUUGCCAUUAUCAGCGUUAUGGUCAUCGUGGUGUCGAUUCUCAUCUUUUGUCUGGAGACUUUGCCGGAUUUCCGGAUUGAGAAGGAAACACGAGAGGUACAUUUGUUUAAUUUCCACAAGCAUGACAGCCAAGCAAAGAACAUGUCAGAGAACAUGCCACCACCCCCCAGUGUUUUCAACGACCCCUUCUUCAUUGUGGAGACCGUGUGUAUCUGCUGGUUCUCUUUCGAGCUCAUCAUGCGUUUUGCCUGCUGUCCCAGCAAGAUACACUUCUUCAAGGAUGUCAUGAACAUCAUCGACUUCAGCGCCAUUGUGCCCUAUUUCGUCACUCUGGGAACGGAGCUCGCCAGGAGCAACGAAGCCAGUCCCACCACUUCCUUGGCCAUCGUGAGGGUUAUCCGACUCGUGAGGGUCUUCAGGAUCUUCAAGUUGUCCCGUCACUCCAAAGGCCUUCAGAUCCUGGGUCAGACGCUGAAGGCGAGCAUGCGGGAGCUGGGCCUUCUCAUUUUCUUCCUGUUUAUCGGCGUCAUCCUUUUUUCCAGCGCCAUCUACUUUGCCGAGGCCGACCACAACGACACGGCCUUCGUCAGCAUACCGCACGCUUUCUGGUGGGCUGUGGUCACCAUGACAACAGUGGGCUACGGCGACAUGUACCCGGAGACGGUGUGGGGUAAACUGGUGGGCUCCAUGUGUGCCAUCGCUGGUGUGCUUACCAUUUCCCUGCCGGUGCCGGUCAUAGUCUCCAACUUUAGCUACUUCUACCACCGUGAAACGGAGUGCGAGGAUCGAAGCCGGUAUGCGCAUGUCACAAGCUCGACGUGGGAAGACGAGGACAACGAGGGCGAGGAAACACAGGAGGAGAACCAGUAUCCAGAGGAGGGUUAUUACGCCAUCGGUGGGACCUAUGAUAAUUUGAAUGAGACCCUUGCUAGACCGAACAUGGAACCGAACGCUGAAUCGGUAGGAAAUGGUCAACUACGGGAACCGCUUGUCACGCAGGUGUGA